AUGACUUUCAGAGUCAGGCAGAUGAAGGCAAAGGCUCUGUCAGUGAGGGAGUGCACCUGGAUGUCGGAGGAGUGCCACCCAGUGGACGAGCUGAACAGUCAAACCAAGAGAGACGGCCUCUGUUUGCCAAACAUCUUCAAGUGCAAAAAGGUGAAGCCGCUCAGGAGGAGUCACAGCGGCCCCACUUACCAGAUCUACUACACUGCCAGGGAGCUCCUGCUGGAGGUGCUGGACAGAGGAGCUGUGCAGGAGCUGAUCAGGAGAGCUGCCGGCGUGAAGGCAGGAGCCAAUCGACCCCUCUACACCCAGAGCAGGGAGCCGAGGGCUGGUCUCUCCAAGGUGGAGUACUCCGAGGCGUUGACGUGGUUCUCUGUGGUCCUGCAGAGCGGCCUGUCUGUAGGGGACGACAGCAGCUUUGGCUCUGAGCUGACCCUGAAGCUGGAUGGAUGGCAGAGUGUCCUGAAGAGAAACAGCUUCCAGAUAAAAGUCCUGACCCUGAGCAGACUGGGGGAUGGAGACAAGCUGGAAGCCCUCUCUGCUUUCUGCAGCCACCUGACCAGGCGCUACCAGGCCUUCUACACACCCGGUCCAAACCUGGCCGUGAAGAAGUACCAGCUCUUCUACCAGCAGGCUCCCUGCCCUCUCCAUGUUGCCCUCCUCUGUGACCUGACCUCAGGGUUCAUCUGCAACGUGUAUCUGUACCGUCCAGAGCAGCUCCAGAGGCAGAGCAGGAAGCCAGUGGUGGAGCAGGUGGUGGAGCACCUGCUGAGGCCGUUCUGCAGCCACAGACACGUGGUUCAGCUGGACAGCUCUGCCUGGAUGGACGGCCGGGUCAUCUUCUCUGGCCUCGGGCUCAAUAUUAAUUUGGUUCCCACUGUGAAAAGGCCAGUCAUGGACCCAGUGAUCACAGACUCAGUCUCUCAACUUGUAGCCCACCUGCAGGGCUGGACCGGCCCUGCCCUACUUCCUCUGUUGGACCUGAAAGGACCAGGGGCGGAUGUGUUUCUGCCGGGCCUCUGGGUUACGCUGCACACGAUCUGCAUCAACACAUUUGUGCUGCACACACUGCAGAGCUCCGGCAGACAGGUCCACCUGAGAGAGUUCACCAGGACUCUGGCCUCUCAGCUGAACACAGACAGCAUCGUCUCUGUGCCUCUUAUACCUCAACUCACCAGCAGCUCUCACCAGGACACCAGCCUGGUGAAUCUGUCCAAGCAAAGCUCUGCUGAUCCGAUUGGAAUUGAGAGAAAGAGGUGGAACAUACCUGGAGUUUGUGGUUUGGACAACUUUGGAAACUCCUGCUACCUGAAUGCUGUGCUGCAGUGCCUGUGCUCCACUGUGCCGCUCGUGGAGCAUCUCCUCAACCAGGACAACCGCAAAGAGCUGGCAAGGUCCAGGUGCCGAGUGGCCGAGGUGUUUGUGCGCCUUCUGGAAGAGAUGUGGCUGGGCCGGGGCUCCAGCUGUGCCCCGGUGGAGGCUCGAUCUGUGCUGGUCUCCGUCCUCCCCCAGUUCAACAACUACUCCCAGCAAGACGCCCAGGAACUGCUGCUCUUUCUCCUAAACGCGCUCCACGACAACCUGAAAAAUGUUGCAAAGCGCCAGAUGCGACGGAUGAAAAAAGACCAGAGCAGAAACUGCACCACUGCAGCCGGAGACUCCACCAUUGUCUCACAUCUGUUCGAGGGUCAGCUGAGCUACACAACCCUCUGCACGCACUGCAACCUGCAGGCUCACAGCACACAGGCCUUCACCGUCCUGUCCUUAGCCCUCCCCACGGACGUCCUCAGGUGCUCCCUUCAGGACUGCCUGUCGCUGUUCUUCGAGCAGACUGUCCUGAGCAGAGGAGAGACCAUGCUGUGUUCCGUGUGUAGACUCAGGAGAGAGACGGAGGUGCUGACGUGUUUGGACAAACCGCCCGAGAUCCUGAUUCUCCACCUGAAACGGUUCAGUUGUAAAGGGAAGAAUCAGGUGAAGCUGAGGACGAAUGUUGUUUUCCCCAUGAAGCUCGAUCUCACUCAGUUUCUGUCCAGCUCAGUAAAAAACACCUCAUGCUCUUCAUACCGCCUCUACGCUGUCGUGAACCACGCAGGUCACCUGAACAUGGGUCACUACACGGCCCUGUGCCACAGCACCCUGACCCGGAGCUGGCACUGUUUUGACGACUCAGCGGUCCGAGAGGUGCAGGAUGGAUUCGUACAGUCUCCAAAUGCAUAUCUGCUGUUCUACAGUCGCAAGCCUUUCCACAAUCCAAAGAUCCAUGGACUCUAUCAGGCCAACAUCCAGUAG